ACCUAACUCAAACUCACACUUUCCCUCAACGACAACCAGCCGCACCCCUCUUGAAGUUCUCAGAUUCCAUCUCUUCCCAACUCCGUUUUCUCAUCAAUCGAAAAUUCUGGGUUUUGUCACGCAAAUUCUUAGUCUUGAUCUCGUUUUUAAAGUGGAAAUUUUGGACUCUGAAAAAUUCAGCUUCAGUGAUGGAUGUUGAUCACUAUAGUUUCUUGGGCUUGCCAUCAGGAGAGGAAGGGGCCAAACUGACUGAAAAAUAGAUCUCCAAAGCUUACAAGCAACAAGCUCUUGAACUCCAUCGAGACAAGCCCCCUGAUGAUCCGAAUGCUCAUGAGAAUUUUCAAAAGCUCUAGUCAUCAUAUGAGAUUUUGAAAGAUGAAAAGGCCCAGAAACUUUUUGAUGAUCUUCUCUGUGUAAAGCGUCAGCAGCAAUGGUUCAAGCAUGAGCAGCAACUCCACUAUGAACAACAAGAUGCUAAAUGCCGGAAAAUGAUGUCUGAUCUUGAAGAAAGAGAGCGUGCUGCUUUUGCUCCAGACCUUACCGCUAAGGCUCGCGAGGAAGAGGAAAGAAUAUCAAGGAAGUUGAAGAGAUAGCAAGAAUACGUGCAAUGCACAUGAACAGAGGGGCAAGUGCAGAUUCUGGUUUGAAGGACAAGGGAGGGACAAAGAAAAAUGUGGGAGGUGGUGUUGGGUUGGCAGAAAAAGAAAAGAUGUUGAAGGUUUCAUGGGAGAAGGUUGGAGAGGAUUAUACAGCAGAGAGAUUAAGGGAAAUACUUUCAAGAUUUGGGAAGAUUGAGGAUGUUGUCGUAAAGAACUCCAAGAAGAGGGGAUCUGCACUUGUUGUGAUGGGUUCUAAGGAGGCAGCUGUUGCUGCUGCAGGGAGUUUAAGUGGGAGCCUUUCAAAUCCACUGCUGGUCGUACCUCUUCAACCAACACUAGCAGCAGAGUUUUCGAGUGCUGAAAAAGCUGAGGAAGAUAAUUGUGUGAAUAAGUUGGUUGGGGCUGGUUAUCAGGCGUAUGAAGAUUCUGUUUUGAAGAAGCUCCAAAUGGUUGCAAAGAAACAGAAGUGAUAGCAAAAGCACUGCAGGGAAAGUAUUGCUUACUACCCCAUCUGGCUUUUGAUCUUCAUAUCUCUCAAUCAAAGGUAGUGAGACCCAAGAUGUGGGAAACCAAAAGGGGAGUGACGAGCUAGAUAGUUAGCCAUUUGUAUUUUGGAUUUUGAUUAUUGUGGAGUUAGACUAGGGAUGUCAACGGGGCCGCACGGGGCUAGAGAGUCCCUCCCCAUUCCUGUCCCCACGAAUGGUGGGGACGAAAAUUCUCGUGGGGAUUUUUUAUGAGAGGUAAACUCUAUCCCCCAUCCCUGUUCCUCGCAGGAAUUCUCAUUUCUCACCAAUUAAUAUUAAAUUAUAAAUUUUUAU